GGCGCAUUGUGCUGCAGAUUUUCUAUUUUGUACAUACAUUGUUUUGUAUAUACUGUAUAUGAUGACUUCGGUGGGAAAUGAACGAACCCGGGUCACUCGGGAAAAGCCACAGAUUUCAACCCCACAGACACAAACCCAGAAACAGGUACAAGUACAGGCAACCGCUGAGCAGAUUCGCCUUGCACAGAUGAUUUAUGACAAAAACGAUGCGGAUUUUGAGGACAAAGUGAAACAGCUUAUGGAAGUCACAGGAAAGAACCAAGACGAAUGCAUAGUGGCACUUCAUGACUGUAACGGAGAUAUUAACAGAGCUAUAAACAUAUUGCUGGAAGGCAAUUCAGAUACCACAUCUUGGGAGACUGUUGGGGGUAAAAAGAAAAGCAUUGGCAAAGAGAGUUCCGAAAACAAAGAAAACCGAGAAAGGAGAGGCGACAGAGAAAUGAGCCGUGGCCGUGGCAGCUCCAGUAGGAGAGGACGGGGAGGAAGCCGUGGCAGAGAGUUUAGAGCAGAAGAAAACGGUGUAGACAUCGGCCCCGGGGACAGACCUUCUGACCGUGGCAGGCGAGGUCGUGGCAGAGGAUUUGGAGGCAGGGGCAGAGGAAGGGGAGCAGGAAGAUUUUCUGCACAAGGCAUGGGGAUAUUUAACCCUGCCGAUUACACUGAACCAGCUGCUACUGAUGCUACUGGGAAAACAGAUGUUUGGGAAACUGGUCAGAGUGAUGGAGAUGAUGGAACAGAGAUUGCAAGCAGUGCGUUCUUGCCUCCUGUGAAAGGUGCUUGGCGGAAUUCCUUAGAGGAGUGGACAACGGAAGACUGGAAUGAAGACCUUUCCGAAACCAAGGUUUUCACUGCAUCUUCAGUCCCCACAGAAAAUCACAUCACCCCAGGUCAAAGUAUCGACUUGGUUGCCCUUCUUCAAAAGCAACAGUCCGGCACAGAAACAGACACUGUUACAUUUGAAGCCUCUCAGCAGCAGCAGAACUUCGGUGAGGCCCUGGUUUUCACCAACUCUCAGCACAGCUCUCGGAUCACCUCUGUUGCCACCACCUCUAAUGCCGUUAACAGUUACUCUCCGCAAAGCCUUUCAUCUGUCCUUGGUUCUGGGUUUGGUGAGCUUGGUUCUUCAAAACUGGCAAACUCUCCUGGGUCCCAGAUACUCGAACAGCUGAAAAGUCCAGGCUUGGGGCAGUUCACGAAUCCAAACGCCCAACAAAGCAGCACUAGUACGGCAGCGUCUUCUUCCUGGGAUAUUAAGCCCACCGUCCCACAGUCCUCAGUCCUAGGUCAAUUCGAUUUCAAGACCCAACCAGAACCAUCCCCAGUUUUGAGUCAACUUACCCAACGUCAACACCAUCAGCAGGUGCCACCUCCAGGUCUGGAGUCUUUCUCUUCCCAGGUCAAGCUCAGAGAGACAUCCCCUGUGGAUAACUCCAAUGCAGUCAGUAAAAUGCUGCAACUGUCACUAGAUCCUCAGACAAUCUCAGCGCAACAAACGCAGCAGCAAAAACAGCUCAAACCUCAGAAACGGCGGAUACCUCCAACCUCAAAGAUUCCUGCAUCUGCUGUGGAGAUGCCAGGAUCAGCCGAUGUCUCCGGGUUAAAUGUGCAAUUUGGAGCCCUGGAAUUUGGAUCAGAACCAUCACUGGCAGAGUUCGGGUCAAAUUCAAGUCCAGAUCAUACAAGUCAAACACCUAACAACUUGUAUUCAAACACCAUAAGUGACUCCCUGAGUACCGCUCUGCCAAUAUCCAGUACUGUGCAGGAGCCAAGUUACACCCCAACUGUCAUCACCACU